UUGAUAAUAAUAUUAUCUCGUUGAUAGUACUUUACAAAUAAAACAUGAAUAGAAAUCAAAAACUAAGAUAUAAUGCCACUUGUAGAGAUUGAAAGAGUUGGAUCCAAUAAUUAAAUGAACAAAUUUUUAGAUGGACUGAUAAAUCUGAUUAAAUAAAUUAUUUUUUUUAAGCUUGAAUUUUCCUAAAAAUAUAGAUCAAAAAUAACCUAAGCUAACUUUAGGACGAUAGGAAAUGUUGUUACAAUGGAGUUUGCAGAUAAAAUUAAAAUACCUAAAUUAAAUGGAGUUUACAUGAGAGGUCCUCACAUUGCUCAAUGUUCUACUGGAACUCUAGUUAUCACUGGACAUCAUCUGAUUUUCUCUUCAAUAGCUGAUGAUGUUGAACUUUGGAUUCUAAAUCGAAACAUUGAUGUGGUCGAGAGAAAAUUAAGUUCUGUUACAUUGAAGUGCAAAGAUUUUAGAAUAAUUGUAUUUGACAUGCCUUAUAUUGAACAAGCUACCACUGUUGCUGCAUCAAUUGAAUCUCUUAUGAUGAUAGAAGAUAAUGAUCAUUUUCAUAGAUUACUUCCAAAUAAAAUUACCAACUGUUAUUCACCCUUUGAUGUGCAUUCUCAGUGUAAAAAAAUUUUAGGAAAUGACAAAAUGUGGCGUAUAUCAGAAGUUAAUAAAGCUUAUAAGGUAUGUAGCUCUUAUCCCGAAUUGACUAUAGUUCCGGCUAAUGUUGAUGAUACCAUGUUAAUUGCAUCAGCAAAAUUUCGACAAAAUGGUAGAUAUCCUGUAUUAAGUUACCGUCAUGAUAAAGGGAGUGUUUUAAUGAGGAGUAGCCAACCUUUAGUUGGUUCUAGUUCUAAACGCUGUAAACAAGAUGAGCGUGUUAUUAAUUCUGUACUUGGUCCAGGGAAAAGAGGUUAUAUUAUAGAUACACGUAGUGUAGCAAAUGCAACAAAUGCAAAAGCAAAAGGAGGAGGAUUUGAAAUGGAAACCCAUUACCCUCAGUGGCGUAGAGUGAAUUCAUCAAUUGAGAAGCAUAAUGUUUUAUUAGAUAGUUUGUCAAAACUUGUUGAAGCUUGUAAUGAUGUUAAUUGUUCUAUUGAUCGUUGGUUAAACAAGUUAAAUAAUAGUGAAUGGUUAUCACACGUUAAAGAUACAUUGAAUGCUGCUUGUUUAGUUGCUCAGUGUCUAAGUCAAGAAAAAGCAUCAGUUUUAGUGCAUGGUUCAGAAGGAACAGAUGCUACUUUAGUAUUAAUAUCAUUAACACAAUUGAUAUUAAACCCAGAAUGCCGCACAAUUAUUGGAUUUGAAUCACUAAUUGAAAGAGAAUGGUUACAAGCUGGUUAUCCUUUUGAGACACGGCAUAGAAGUGGAUGCUAUAAUGCAGCUCGCACAAAGCAAACCUCAUCUUCAUCUUCAAAGACUAUACAUCAUGGAUCUGGCGCUACAUUUUUAUUAUUUAUUGAUUGCACAUGGCAAAUACAUAAUCAGUUUCCUUGUUGCUUUCAGUUUUCAACAAAAUUUUUAAUGUCAAUUGUUGAUCAUGCUUAUUGUUCAGAUUUUAGUACUUUUUUUGGAAAUUGUGAAGCUGAUAGAAAAAUAAAUAGAUAUAGUAGUUCAAAUUUAUGGUCUUAUUUUGAUAAAAAAAAAAGUGAAAUUACAAAUUCGUUGUAUUUACCAAACAACAAUGUUUUGUGGCCUUCAGUAGCUCCUUUUAGUAUUGAAUUAUGGAGAGAAAUGUAUCUACGAUGGUCUAUUGAUCAAAAUCACCAAAAUUUGUAUCAAGAAGCUAUUAGUAAUUUAAUGAGAUGUAAUAGAGAUUUGAAAGAAUUAGCUACAAAACUACGCAAUGAGGCUCAAGAGUCUGAAAACAAGUUUAUUUAGAACAUACUUUUAUACCAUUUAUUAAUCUUAAUCAAUUAUUUUUAUCUUGUAUACUUUAUUCUGUUUUUUGUUUUUAAAUGAAAUCAAAAUUAAAUUAUUUAUCUUAAAAAUUGCUA